ACCAUGAAUCUCAAAUACUCAAUCAUUGUUUUAGUAUUGGCCGUUUUCGACGGAAUCACAUGUGAUUGUGGAUGUUUGAAAUGUAGUAAACAUUUACAAGUGAUUUCGCCCCCAUCUUGUCCUUACAAGAUCAUUGUGAAGGGGGCUCCCUACCCGGAGGGCUACCGACAAGCCUACGCCCCCCAUUAUGACUACUCCCUAAACGCCGCCUCUUUGAUGAACCAGCCCUGUCAACCGGUCUUUGCCUACAAGUACAAGCUACAAGCGCCCCUCCCAUCACCCGGCAAGCCCUUAGCCCCGCCCAUGACCGGCCUCAUAGCCAAGCCUGAUCGUAUAGUAAUCCAUCAAACUCCAACAACCUGUCCAGUCUACACAGCCGAUGAUGGGGCUUGCGACGACAGCCCCGCCACCAACACCCCCACAUGCACCUCUAUUUUCCAACCAGGAAUGUACCAACCAGCCCCCAUGCCCCUCCAAGCCAUGAAACUGAUACCAUUGCGCCCCAAAAUGCGCCCCGUUUUGGAACCCAUCGGAACCGACUUUUACAACGCCUUCUACGACUGCAGGAAUUAGAGUUGCCAGGGGGUCUUAAAAUACAAUGGAAAAAAUAGAAACGAUAGGAAUGAGUUUUGCCAGAUUCAUUGUAACUUUGUGAAAUAAAAAUAUUUUACCGAAA